AUGGCCAACGCGCUGACGAGUGCGGACGUUGUCGCCAACGAGGCGUGCCAUCUGGCCCACGGCUUUGGCUCGUUGGCGACAGGCUCGCUCCGUGCGAGUGGUUUCUUCGAGUGCUUCCGCCCGCUCUCGCACAUGGACGCCUUCUUGUCGGCGCUCCAACUUCGUCAUCCCACGUUGCUGACCUCGUUUCCAGUGGGCUCUGCGACGAGCGGGCAGGCGAUACGUGCGUACAAGGUGCGGUCCGGCGGUCGACCAUCCCAGGCGCAGGCUGCAUCGACGCUCUACGUCCAAGCCACGCAGCAUGCGCGCGAGUGGAUUGCCGCUGCUACUGCUGUCUAUGUGAUUGCUGCACUCUUGGAUACGACGGGAUCGACGGGCCUCCCCUUUGAUGUGGUCGUCGUGCCCGUCGUCAACGUCGAUGGCUACACGGCGACGUGGACGACGGACCAGCGUUAUCGGCGCAAGAACCGCCGCGACGUAGACCUCAACCGCAACUGGCCCAACCCGUUCUGGUCGACGGCGGCCAGCGUGCAGCGCGACUCGGACACAUAUCCAGGCACCCAUGCGCUGAGCGAAAUGGAAACUUCGACACUAGCGGCGUACCUCAACUCGACGCAGUCGCAGCUAUUGGCCGUCGUUGAUGUACACUCGUACGCGGGCAUGGUGCUGCACCCGUAUGCAGACACGCGCACGGCGCCGCCGCCUGUCAUGCGUGCCUUGGCCAGUGCGGUGGCAAGCGCUAUGGGCAGCAACUACUCGAGUGGGCAGCGGCUCGACGACCAAGUGCUUGUCGGCACCUUUCGAGACUAUGGCUGGCGAACGCUCCGCAAGCCGUCGCUGACGAUCGAGAUUGCAGGCACCGACUUUGUCGUACCCGCGAGCACGAUCCGGCAUCAGGGGAAUGAGGUCGUCGCCGGGCUCUACGCGCUGGCCAAGGGUAUCGCCGCGGGUCCGUGA